AUGGUCAAAUACUUCCCUAUCUUGAUCAAAGACAUCUCGAAAAAGAUCAGACGACAAGAGGACGGGAGGAACCACCCGCAGCCCAUUCGCAUAGAGGACCAACAGACGGCGACCGCGAUGAGCUGGCGAUCAACUCCACAACAUAUGGCGGCGGGGAAAAUCCUGCCUACAGACGCUGAAACGGUUAUCCACCAGCACAGGGGGAAAUGGCUGGAAAGCAGGAGGACAAUCGAGCCACAGUCACCGGUGGCUGGAAGCAGCUGA